AUGUCCGAACCGUUAAGUUCCUUUAGACAAAAGGACAUGAAAGUUGACAACGGUCAGACAUGGUCGAACAAGAUCGUGCAGGGAGUGCAGUAUGCACCAGAUAUGUACUCAAAAUCUUCUCCAAGUGUGUCAUAUUUUCCAUCAAUCCACGAUUCUACUUCGUAUACAACAAACAACAGGUUAACAUUACAACAACUUCACAUAUCGACAGGUCACGUUAGCAACCAAAUCACCACACACUCGACCUGGUCCAAUCUAAUCAUCCCUUGCCAACCAAACAAAAUCGAGCCCAAAAUCAAAGAGGAAGAUUCCAAAGAAGAUCUAACAAUAACAGAAGAAGCAAAAAAAGAAGUAAAAAAGAAGAAUCCCUACUCGAUUGAGGAACUUUUAAAGAAGCCAACCAAAAAAGCGAAGACCAUCAAUGAGGUUUAUUCUGGCAUCCAACAACCGUAUGGAGUCUUAGUCACAAAUGAAGAGUACCAAAGUGGAAGUGGUAGUGAAGAUGGAGAUACAGAUAUUAAAAUAGACGUCGAGUAG